GAGCGUCUGGCCCUCCAGGUGCGCCUCCCUCGAUACACCCAUCACGCCAAAUACCCGGGCAACCACAACAAGGCCCAGGGCAACCAUGGUCCUCUUACGGACAACAACCAGGACCUCCGGGACCACCCGGAAUGCCCCCAGGACCACCCGGACAGGUAA